UUAAAUAAAAAUAGUAAUAUAGUUUUGGUAGCGUACGUAACGAUGAAAGAGGCUUUGGCAGUUAUCCGCAGAGGAGCAUUUGUAUCUAAGCUUUUCCAUGCUAUUUAAAUGCCGUUCAUCUUCAAUCUCGACCGUCAGUUUCAAACGACAGUUACUUUUCGCGCCAACUUCUCCCAUUUUUAUUAAAACAGCAACAACUACAAAUGCCUCAAAACAGACCCACCCAUCUUUUCUCACAUCUCCCCCACUUAGUCGACUCAGAGCCUUAUUAUCAGUUCCCGACUCGGCCCACUUCCAUGAAUCUCACUUGGCUCAUUCUCUUUCCUCCAACGCCCUCAAAAUUUCCGCCAAAAUGGGUUUUGUUUGCGAAGGAAAACAAUUACAUGGACAUUUGGUAAAACUGGGAUUAUAUAGUGAUCUUCAUUUGCAGAAUCAGAUAUUGAAUGUUUACGUUAGAUGCAAGGAGCUUCAUAAUGCACACAAGGUGCUUGGUGAAAUGACUGUGAGAAAUGUUAUAGCGUGGAAUACAGUGAUAAGCGGGGUAGUUGAUGAAAUAAGUAAAUGUAAGUCCAGUUCUUUAUUGGGUUUUGUUUAUUUUAAGAGAAUGUUGCUCGAAAUGGUUCGCCCAGAUGAUAUAACCUUCAAUCUUUUGCUCCGUUCAUGCAUUGUAUUAUUGCAUCAUGUUCAAACUGGUUUACAAUUGCAAUGUUUUAUUCUGAAACUAGGAUUUGGUUCUAAUUGUUUUGUUGGUAGUGCUCUUGUUGAUUGGUAUGCAAAACGUGGUUUGGUUGAAGAUGCAAGGCGGGCUUUUGAAUCUGUCUUGUUCAAAGAUUUGGUUUUGUGGAAUGUGAUGGUUUAUUGCUAUACUUCAAAUUGUUUUAUCAAUGAGGCUAUUCACAUCUUUCAUUGUAUGCAGUCACAAAAUGUCAAGGGGGAUGAGUUCACCUUCAGUAGCUUGAUUAAGUUAUGUGGUAUUCCAGGAUCAUGUCAAUUGGGAAAACAGAUUCACGUGAUUGUUAUUAGACAGUCUUUUGAUUUGGAUGUUUUAGUUGCAACUGCACUCAUUGACAUGUAUUCAAAGAAUGGAAACAUAAUUGAUGCUCACAAGGUUUUCAAUACAAUGGCCUUUAGAAAUAGAGUAUCUUGGAACACCAUGAUAGUUGGAUAUGGACAGCAUGGAGACAGUAAGAAAGCUAUCAAACUCUUCCAACAAAUGCUUCAAGAAGGUUUUUCUCAAGAUGAACUAACCCUGUCUAGUAUUUGUAGCUCAUGCGGCAAUGCAGGUGUAAUUACUGAGCUUAUGCAAAUUCAUGCACGUUCAAUUAAAUUUGGAUUUCAUUCGUUUCUGUCAACUGCAAAUGCACUGAUAAAUGCGUACUCCAAGUGUGGCAACAUUGUUGGUGCAUUUCAGUGUUUCAGUUUGGCUGAAGAGCGUAAUCUCUUUACAUGGACGUCAAUUAUAUGUGCCUAUGCAUUCCAUGGCUUUGCUGAAGAAGCCAUAGAGUGUUUUGAGGAAAUGUUGACUUGUGGGUUGAUUCCUGACAGAAUCGUCUUUCUUGGGGUUCUUUCUGCCUGCAGCCAUGGAGGGCUAAUAGAUAAAGGUUAUCAGUACUAUGAGAUGAUGACUAAGAAGUAUGGGAUACUACCAGAUUCAAAACAUUAUACCUGUCUGGUUGACCUAGUUGGACGAGCUGGCCUUCUUGAUGAGGCUUUGAAUAUUUUGAAUUGCAUUCAAAAUGAAUCUGGGAAAGAUGCACUGGCAGCCUUCCUUGGAGCAUGCAAAAUCCAUGGAAAUUUAAGAUUAGCAGAAUGGGCUGCAGGAAAGCUUUUUGCAUUGGAACCAAACGAUCCAGUGAAUUACACUAUCAUGUCUAACAUGUAUUCUUCCAAAGGUCGUUGGACUGAUGUAGCGAAAAUUCGUAAAAUGAUGAGGAGAAAUUGUGAUCUUAAAACUCCUGGUUUUAGCUGGGUGGAGAUUGCUGGUGAGGUCCAUACAUUUGUUUCAAGAGAUCAAGCUCACUCAAAGACUGUCAAGGUGUAUCAUAUGCUAGGAUUGUUAUGUUGGGUAAUGAAGGAAGAGGUAAUAACCGCAGAAACUUCAAAAACUCUUCUGGAAGUAUAUGCAUUUUAAUUGCUCCCACAGAUUUAGAGAAAGAUGUUUGGACUUUAAUCAUGGUUUCUAUGAUACUGACCCGCUUCUCAUUUUGGCUUGUCACUCUUGUCUCCUGUGAGGUAACAAUUUGCUGGCAUUUACAAUAGAGUUCAAUUUAAUUUAUACAAAAAAGAUUAUCAAUGGACAUUAAAUUCAAAUAGGAAUAAGUUUACACUGCUGAUGGCAUAUUCAUUCUAGCAUA